GAAAUUAGUACUAUACCCUAGUGAGCGCAACACCAAUGGCUGCAUUUCAGAUCUGCUUACAAGUGUGGCUCACUUCAUCCCUUCUAGCUGACGGUUUAGCCGUAGCCGGGCAGGCACUUCUUGCUUGUGCAUUUGCUGAGAAGAAUAUGAACAAGAUUGUAGCAGCUACACAACCAAUCAACUCAAUAGCCUUUGUUUUUGAUGGGAUAAAUUUCGGAGCAUCUGAUUUUGCAUAUACUGCUUACUCCAUGGAAUUAGUGGCCGGAGUGAGCAUUGGCUCCUUAUUCUUUCUCUCUAAAAGCAAUGGUUUCGUUGGAAUCUGGAUUGCCUUAACCAUUUACAUGAUUCUGCGCAUGUUUGCUGGUGUAUGGAGGAUGGGGACUGGAACUGGACCUUGGAGCUAUCUCAGGAAAUGAUAUCUGCCCUUAAUUUCUUGUCCAUACCCCAUAGGAUUUCCAACUCCGGAAAAACUUAUAUAAUACCAUACGUUUGUUUAUUCACCCAUUAUUCCAUUUUUUUUUUUUUUUUGGGUAGUAGCUGUCUCUUUCUUUCUUUCCAUUUAUUUAUGUUUCAAUUUAUAUUGGAUUGUAUUUUAUUAUUAAAUAAAAAGACAAUCAUAAA